AUGGUGUCCGCCGAACGUCAGACCAUCAUGGAGACCAAUCGGUCGCUCCGGAAUAUAAAAAACGAACUGGAGAACCUCCUCGAAAAGGGCGUCAUUGACGAAAACGUCUUCGAUACCAUCAACGCAUCCCUCCCGCCCGAGUCGUCCCUGUCUGGGCCCCUCCGCACGACCGCGAACGCCAACGGCGCAUCGUCCAAUAUCCCGACCCCGUCCGUCGCCAGCGCAUCGCCCGCCGCCCGCGACAAUGGGCCGACCAACCCCCCGCCGACGCACGGCUUCCAGAACAUGAACCUCAACUCGACGUCACCCGCGCCGCCGUCCUACAACGACACGCCCGCGCCCGGCGUGCCCCCGCGCGGCGCCACCGCCAACAGCGGCAAGCCCGUCAUCGCGCACGCCCGCGCGCUCUACCGCUACGGCGCGUCCGACGCCCGCGACCUCUCGUUUGAAAAGGACGACCGCAUCGCCAUCUACGAGUACAUGAACCAGGACUGGUGGAUGGGCAUGAACCAGCGUACCGGUCAGGAGGGCAUCUUCCCGCGCAACUACGUCAUGCCCGAGCAGGACUACAAGGCACCCGAGGGUUACGGCCCGCCGCAGCCGCAGUACGGAUACCCGGCGGGACCGCCGGGCCAGCAGAACCCGUACAACGCCAACGUGCCCCCGAUGGCGGUGGCCGAGGGCGGCGGCCAGCAGGCGCAAGACGGCCAGGGCGGCAAGGCGGGUGAGUACGGCAAGAAGUUUGGCAAGAAGCUGGGCAACGCGGCGAUUUUCGGCGCGGGCGCGAGUAUUGGUAGCAACAUUGUCAAUAGCAUAUUUUAG